UUACAUGUUGGCAUCUCAUACAUUAGUAUGCUUUGUCUCUGCACAUCUAAGUCAUUACUCUAUGCUGAUGUCAUACGGAUUGUGAAAUGUUUAAUUUCUGUUUCAAAUGUUCAGCACGCUGCAAAUUUAUAAAAUAAAGAAAUAUGCCACCUCAAGUGGAAGGUGAUUUUACUAACCCAGAAGGAAAACCUUUGAAUCAAUUGUGCUUUGAAAUAAAGAAUACCGAUGGUGAUAAGAAAUUUAUACCAGCUUUAGAUGAAUUUUGGGCAUCUGAAGAAUUUUCAUCUAACUAUGUUAGUUUAGUUCAACCAAAUGGUGAUAUAAAAAAGGACGUUUCACUCGAGGAAUGGAAGUAUCAUGCAGAGUGCUUCCGAGAAGAUAUGAAAUUUCUAUUAACCUGUGAACAUCAUAAAUUUUGGUCAUAUAUGGUAUAUAAAAAAGAUGCAUUAAAUGCAAUUCUACAAUUCUUACAAAAAGCAACACCAUUUUAUAUUGAUUUCAAGAAGGACGAAGCAAACGAUAACAUCGAAUUGUAUGAAGAAAACUUGAGUUUAGUAGUGCGAAUUAUAUAUAGAAUUUUAACUAACAAAGAAUCUGAUAAGUACUGGAUAACAAAUGAAGUUCAUAGCGAUCUUAUUUAUAAGAAUUUUUUGAUAUCAGUGCCAAUGUUAUUUGAUCUUUUAAUUGCAAUUGGAAAUGCAGAUCUAGACAAUGUAGAUUUAUUAAGAAAUAUAUUUAAACAAUUAAUAGAAAUACAGCCUAAAUAUAAAUUGGACAUUGUAGAAGCACUUAGGUAUUUUAGUAAUGCUUUUCAAAGCAUUCAAACGCAAACAGAAAAUGAAGGAUUUGAUGGCGCUGGUGGAGGAGAGCUUGACGAGGGAACCGAAACACCAUAUGAUGAUGUAGUGUUGUAUACCUUAGAUUGUGCAUAUUCACUAAGUGUCUUACUUGAGGUAUACCCUGAAGCCCGACAAUUUUGCUACGAACACAAACUUGGACAAAGCAUUGCACACUUUUACGACAAUACCAUUCCUUAUCUUUAUAAAAAUAUUUUUUUAAUCAAUGAGGCAGCAAAGAGUUUAAAUUGGUUGAAUCAAGCACGUUUAGAGUAUUUGAAGGCAUUUCGUAGCAUUUCCUAUGCAUUUGUGGAGAGUGUGCUGAUUAAUCCAAAUGACAGUCUUUCCCCGUCCGAAAAUUUUAUUGCUCUUUUAACUGAAUGUUUAGCGGAACAAAUGUUUGUGGUGGACUAUCAACGAGAGUACCCAGUUGAAUUAGAUGUGGACAUAUUAAAACAGGCUUGCAAAGACUUAGAUGAUUUUAAAGCAUCAUUUGUGGUUAAAGGCUAUAAGAAAGAAGCUGAAUCUAGUUCUAUUCCAACUAUAGGAACAAACGCAACUUAUGCUCAAAUUCAAAAUACUGUAUCAGACAAUAAUUAUGAUGCUAGUAAAAACUUAAGCUUAAAUCAAAAAGUAACUGAAUCUGUUCAAAACGUUAAAAAUGUUGAAAAAACAGUUGCACGUGAUAUUGAUCUUGAGGUUACAGCUGUGCUAGAUGUACUGCCAGAUUUAGAUGCGGGAUUCAUUCGAGUGUUAUUAUCACGAUAUGAUAAAAGUGAAGAUGUCAUAGCAGCGGUCUUAGAAGGAAAUCUACCUCCAGAUUUAGCAAGUGUUAGUACCGCGGAACCAAUUAUUCCGCCAGAUCCACAAGAUAAGUUGUAUGAACAAACUGGUAUCAAACAUUUUAACGUAUUUGAUGGUGAUCCAUAUGAUGUAUUAACACAAGAUAAUCCAAAAUGUAUUAUAAAACAAGGCAAAGGAUUUCCAAAUGCUCCAAAGAAUGUUGGUCAGUUACUGGACGAUAAAAGUGGAUUGGAACAGAUAAGACAUCGAUAUCAAGAGUUCACCUUGGUUGAAGAAGGGCCAACCGAUGAGUAUAAUGAUGAAUAUGAUGAUAGUUAUGAAGCUUUACUCGAAGGUGAAUCACGCCUUAUUAAAUCAAAUGAAUUAAGAGCUGGCUUAGCUAAUAUUCAAGAUGAUUCAGAAAGUGAUGAUUCGGAAACUGAGGAAGAUUCUUCAAAUAAAGAAACGACAAUCGAUCAGAAUAAAUCAAAGAACUUUUGUGAAAAUCCGGAAGUUAUACGAGCUCGUUAUGAAGCACAAAGACAAGCUAAAUGGAAUAAAAAAGGCUCAACACCUGCACAAAAUACACAUAAUGUUGUUGGUGCAGCAAAGGGGCAGGGACAGGAUAAAGAAACGUUGCGCAAUCGAAAUAAGAAAGAAGUUAAUAAAUCAUCUCGAGCGAAUCAUAAUAGAAAAUCAGGUGCUGCAUUUAAGAGAAGUAGAGGCAUGGUACCAUAAAUAUAUAAAUAAAAUUUAUAAUGUAGAUAAAUUAAAUUUGUUAUAUUGUAUAAAAAUUGACUGU